UAUUUACUGGUUUAAUUUCUUUCGAGGCUGUUUUCUAGAUUGUGAGGUUUCAGCACUGUCUGCCUUUCUGUCUGUAAUGAAUAGAAACUUUUCACCUAAAGAAAACCCAGCAACAGCAAAGAGAACAUUAAUGGAGCUUUUCCUAUCAUCUCUCAUUUGUAAGAUGUGGGACUUUGUGGGAGACGUGGGACUCGCAACCAUGUUGUUUUAUUUACUGCUGUCGCUGUUUCCUACGCUGCCUUUACUUUCCAGGCAGUUGGGGUCUGCGCUCACAUUUUCAGCAUUGUUCAUCCAGCUAUCGCAGUAUUGCAUUUUGACUGGAGCUACCCUGCGCAGUUGGAUUAAUAAGGACUGGGUGAUCAGAUUAAGUGUUUGUCUGAAUUGCUACGUUGCUGUCUCCAACACCAGCAAUACUAAGUACAUUGGAGUAAACAAAAUGGACUUCACCUGUGGUUGCAGCAACUCAUCGGGGACUGUGAUGAUAAACUCCCAUUUGUGCCCUGUCGUGCCUCCUUGUGGCUUGUGCUACCUGCAAGGGCAAGAUUUAUUCUAACGCAGAGCUAGGCCUUAAUGAGCACCACCAGAAUGAAGUGAUCAACUACAUGCGCUUUGCUCGUUUUAAGCGUGGCCUGUGUCUCAAAACAGUGGAUUCUUGUUUUCAGGACCUUAAGGACAGCAGACUUGUUGAGGAAACCUUCACAGUCGAUGAGGUGAUAGACAUGCUGGAUGGACUGCGGACUGUUGUACACAGUGAAGUGGAGUCAGAGCUCAUAAAUACAACUUACACCAAUGUUUUACUUCUGCGGCAGCUCUUUUCGCAGGCUGAGAAAUGGUACCUUAAGUUACAGACAGACGUCUCUGAAUUGGAGAAUCGAGAAUUGUUGGAACAGGUUGCUGAGUUUGAAAAGUCAGAAUUUACAUCUUCGAACAAGAAGCCCAGUGCAGAUCUCAUUAAACCAAAACUGGCUCCAUUAAAUGAAGGUGGGUCAGAGCUGCUAAACAAGACAGUUGCUUGUCUCCAAGAAGAAAAUGAAAAAUUGAAGACCAGACUCAAGACCAUAGAAACACAGGCUACAGCUGCACUAGAUGAGAAGUCCAAGCUAGAGAAGUCACUGAAGGAUUUACAGAUGAUCCAAGGAGAUCAAAAGACUAAUGCAAACCAGGAUAUCACUGAACUGGAGAAUAAGGUGGCAGCUUUGAAAUGCCAGUUUGAGAAGACUUUGAAUGACUCUACUGCAAACCAAAAAUUCUUGGAAGAGAACUUGGUGACAACAAAACAUGACUUGCUUAAGCUUCAGGAUCAGCUAUCCACAGCUGAAAAGGAAUUGGAGAAGAAAUUUCAGCAAACAUCUGCCUAUCGCAACAUGAAAGAGAUUCUCACUAAGAAGAAUGAACAGAUAAAGGAUCUACGUAAAAAGCUUUCCAAGUAUGAGCCAGAGGACUAAAAUACCAAAAACAUCUGAUCUAUCAGAAGCUGCCAUAGAAAGAAAAUGUAGACUGGUAUUAUUUUUCAGUAAUUUUUGUUUUGAAUGGUAUAUUUUUUGCUUCUAGUGCUUAAAAUAACUUUUUAUUAAUACUAAUAACACACUGAAACUCCUACCUUACUUCAUUGUAAACCUACAAUUUAUAGGUAUUAGUUUCCGUAGUCAUGUUCUUAAUUGUUAAUCAUCGACAUUCCUUGAAAAAUAGCAAACAGGAGUUUACUGAAGAACUGAGGUCAUUCUCUACAAUGAAAGGAGUUUAUUUUUGUUAAGAAAAGAAAAAAAAGAAAAAAAAAAGCAUUAAGGUUUUUUGAUGUCUCUGAGGUGGAAACUCCAGUUGUUAUUUUGCAUAGUUAAUGUAGCCAUGAAGUGGCAUUAUGUGUGGAAAUUCCAUCAGUGGAAGUAAUAAGUAGGAGGAAAAAAAUGAAACAUGCUGAUUCUGUAAUGUUAUUUCACACUGGACAUGUCACACCUCACCAAAAUGUUGUUGUUAAUGUUUUGCUAGAGGAUGUUCAUUAGAUAGUGAGGUAAAUAUUCUUUAUAGCGGAAGCGCUGGAUCCUUUCAAAUAAAGCCACUAACUGAAGUUAUGCUUUUUCACUUGAAUUUAUUUGAAACAAAUUUGAACAUCAGAAGGCAGAUUCUGAUUUUGCCAGUAUUCUUAACAGUAAGAUGAUAAUCUGAAAAUGCAUAGGGAAGUUCCUAAUGGAGCAUCUUUCUUGGGAAAUAAGUUAUUUUGGAUGUUUUCAUCUCCUUUCUUAAUGUAACCUCACCAGAAAAUGGCUUACUUCUUUCAAGUGUUUUACUUGUAAUCCUCUGCCUUGCUUUUAUCUGGCAGCCUCUUAAUAGUGCAUUCUACUUGUUCAUCUGUCCCUGUUCAUAUGUAUGUUGUAUUUUACUCCAAAUAAAACCAUAAUGUUUUUCAAACA